AUGGAAUUCGAGUUAUUAGAAAAAGAUCAAUUGAAGUUCUUGGAUAUAAUAGAUAAUCCAUUGAACAAAUCAGGUGAUAUUUGUGAUAUUUUAGACGACAAUUAUUUUUUAAUGAGUGGUUUUGGUUUGACAUUUUCAGAAUUUCUAGAUUAUUAUUAUUAUAUGCUUUAUAAUAUAAAUAAAGUUUAUAUUAGAUUAAAGUUCUGGACCAUUUUACAAAAAAUUGCAAUUUUUGGCUUAAAAUGAGCAAUUCCAGCGUUUACAGCGUAAAAAUCUGAGAUACACUCUGAAAAAAAACAAUUGGAAAAAAAAUCAGCAAAAAAAUUUAAUCAACAUUUUGAAACAGUGAAUUUUUUUUUUAAUUGAUUUAUUUUUAGUGUUUCUAAUAAACUUUCUGCUUAAAAUGAGCAAUUCCAGCAAAUUGUAGAUGUCAAUUCCCAACCCGGCUCAUAAUAGUAAUAUUUAUGUUAGUUAGAAAGAAACUAAAAACAACAAUAAUAAUAUUUAGCGUUCUCCUUUUAUAGCAUAGUUUGUUGUGAUGAUACAUCAUUCAGUCGAACAUUACGAUUUGUCAUACAAACAUUAUUUUUGGUGAAUAUGUUUUCUUUCUGUUGAUCAGAAGAUCAACACAGUAGCUUGAAAAAUUGACGAAAUUCAGAUUUUUUGAGAUACAAAAAUUGACUGUUUCAAAAUUAUUGUAUAGUUUUCAAAUACUUCCGAUUUUUUGAUCGGGCAGCUGAUAGACUAACCGUGAAAAAUAAUGAAAAUUGAAAAUUAUAAGCAUUGAAUUAGAAUUUCUCUUUCUUUUCUUAUUUAUGAGAAUUUUUUGAAACAGUGAAAUUUUUUUCUUCUGAAAAUUCAAGAUUUUUGAGAAAAAUUGGGGAUUUUCGGUACUUUUUUAACAUGAGCAAUGCCCUAAAAAAUUCACUGUUUCAAAUAUUUGAAAAAAAAAGUCUCGUGGAAUUUGCAGCCUGAAUUUCGAAUAAGCAAAAUUUUGCCACCGCAAAAAAUUUCAAAUAAUUUUUGAAACAGUGCAUUUUUUAAAAGCAAAAAUCAUGAUUUCUGGAUAUGUUCCUAACAUGAGCAAUGCCUCAGAAAUACAUUUUUUCAGGCCUGGAACAUCCGAGAGACGAAAAAUCGAUUAUGCCAUCAUGUUUUCGAAAAACCAGCGAUUUGAAUGGAAAUUAUACGAUUUUUGUUUGGUAAGUCCGUUUUUGGGCGGGAAAAUUGUGAAAAAUCACUAUUUUUAGCUGAAAAUUCAGGAAAUUUGAUGAAUUUUGAGCUAGAAACCUUGAAACAUUGAAAAAUUCAAUUUUUUUGAGAUACAAAAAAUUUACUGUUUCAAAAUUUUCAUGAAUUUUUUUUUAAUAUUUUUGCAAUUUCGGUCACAAGUAAUUAUGAAAGUGAACUUUGAUUUGAAAAAUUUGUAAAAAUUAUAAAAACUUUGAUUUUAAAAAGCUUACAAUUUCAUAAAAAUGCAGAUUUUCAUACAUAAAAACUUCACUGUUCCAAAAUUUUCAUAAGUUUUUAAUCGGUUUUCGAAAUUUUGCUCACCAAUUCGGAAAGAGAGCAAUUUGAUGAUUUUUGUUGUGAAAGGGAGAAAAAAUUAUUUUAAAUCCAGAUUUUCAAGCAUCCAUAAUUUUACGGUUUCAAUUUUUGAUGAAUCUAUUUUCUGAUAAUUUCGAAAUUCACUAUUUUCGUUCCAGAAUAUUUUUCACUGUUUCAAAUUUUGUUAAAAUUUCACGGGGUAUUUUUUUAUAGUUAAAAAUUUUUCAGUUUUUUUACAAAAAAAAAUACGUUUCAAAAUUCUGAUGAACUUUGUUUAAACUUUCCCAGAAAUUUUUUUUUAAUUUUUUACAGUACAAAAAUUUCAAUAAUUCACUGUUUCAAAAUUUUCAUGAAUAUAAUUUUUAGUUUUAAAAAAAUUGAUUGGCGCUUUGAAAAUCAAAAUUGAUAAAGUUAAAUUGAAAGUGUAAGUUUUUAGCUAAAAUUUCAUAUGAUUCUUGAAUUUCUAGAAAUUCUGACCGGAAAAUGGAACUUGGAAAUUUUCACUGUUUCAAAAAUUGUGUAGAUUUUUGAGAAUUUUCAAACAUUUGUUAAGACGUUAAAAAUAAAAUGUACUGUUUCAAAAAAUUUUGAAAACAAGACUUCUAUUUUUGAGUUGUUUCAAUAACUUGCUCUUUUCAUAAAAUAUCACUGUUUCAAAAAUUCGAUGAGCUUCAGACUGAUUGUGUAAAUUUUGCUAUAAGAAAGAUACAAUUUCAGAGAAGUGAAAAGUAAAACCUUGAAAAUUUUCAGAAUUUGAAAAACAAAAUGUUGAGUUAAUGUAGAUUUUCGGCGCAAAAAAACUACGGGAUUUUUUUUAUCCAAGCCUUGGUCAUUUGUUGUAGUGUAACUAUCAUUUCAUUAAUUUGUAUCGCCGAUGCUUUUAGUUCCUUUUUUUUCCUGGAAAUUGGAAUUUUAAGUCAAAAUUCAUGAUUUUUGAGAAAAAGUUUGGGAUUUUCGGGACUUUUUUAACAUGAGCAAUGAAUUCACUGUUUCAGACAUUUGAAAAAAAUAAAUCAUGUGGAUUUUGCAACUUGAUUUUUCGAAUGUAUUUUUUUAUAACGCCCAAAAUCGAAAAAACAAAAUUUUGUCACCAAAAUAAUUUUCAAAUAAUUUUUGAAACAGUGAAAUUUUUUCCCUGAAAAUUCAAGAUUUUUUGAGAAAAAGUUGGGGAUUUUCGGGACCUUUUUAACAUGAGCAAUGCAUAGAAAAAUUCACUGUUUCAGAUAUUUGACGUGGAUUUUUCAGCCUAAUUUUUCGAAUGUUUUUUUUUGACACGUUUGUAUGAGACUAAGCAAAAUUUUGUCACCAAAAAAACUUUCGAAUAAUUUUUGAAACAGUGAAUUUUUUAAAGGCAAAAUUCAUGAUUUUUGGAAAUUUUCCUAACAUGAGCAAUGCCUCAAAAAUCCAUUUUUUUCAGGCCUGGAACAUUCGAGAGACGAAAAAUCGACCAUGGCACCAUUUCAACAAUAAAAAACACCGAUUCGAAAGGAAAUUAUGCGAUUUUUGUUUGGUAA